AUGGGACGUGUCUUUGAAGAGUUUGUAGACAGUACCCGUGUCUUUUGUUGCACAAAGUGUAACGCGCAUCUUGCUUGCAAUGAGGACAUCAUUUCCAAAAAUUUCCAGGGCACUAGUGGCAAAGCUUAUCUCUUCGAUACGGCAGUCAAUGUAUGUACGGGUCCGCCAGAAGAGCGGAUGCUCAUGACCGGGCUGCAUGUUGUACUGGACCUCUACUGUAACACCUGCUGGAGCCCAGUGGGCUGGAAAUACAAAGAAGCACAGAACGCGUCGGAAAAGUACAAGGAAGGCAAGUUUAUUCUUGAGCUAGCCAAGACGAACCAAUUGCCUUGA